CCGCUCCGCUCCUCUCGCCCCCGGGCUGCGGCCACUCGCUCCUACUCUUCGCUCCCCUCUGGGCUCACGCCAACAGCUGCCAUUCCCGCGAUGCGCAGGUACAGGACCGGCAGCCCUGCUGCCCAUGCCAGGGUUAACGGCGGGGCCAUUCCAGACCCCUUCUCCAUGAUCCGCGCCUACGAGUCCGAGACAAACCCGACCAGGCCCAUCCGCCCCUCCCCAUUGACCGCUUCCACGAUCCAGGGCCUGCCACUGGACUUGCUCGACCGCCUACGAUCGUUCCCAUUGUUCCUCUCCGCACCUGACUCGUUCCUCGCUGCAAUAGGCGCGCACCUUAAGCCGCAGCUCUACCAGCCGCACGACUAUAUUCUCACCGAGGGUGACCAUGCGAAGGCGAUGUACUGGUUGGUGCGCGGUGCUGUGCGUGUCACAUCUCGAGAUGGAGAGAGCACAUACGCUGAGCUAAAGCCCGGCGCUUUCUUUGGCGAAAUUGGCAUCCUGAUGGAUAUCCCCCGCACCGCCACUAUUAUAGCAAACACAAGGUCUCUGGUUGUGCGACUGAACAAGGAAGACUUGAAGAAAGAACUGCCCAACUUCCCAGACGUGGAAAGAGCGAUCAUGGAGGAGGCAAAGGAACGCCUGUCCAUCUUGGAGCGCAAGAAGAAGGAAAUCGGCGGCUCCACCACAAAGGAGCUGACUAAGGCCUUCCAGCGAAACGGUAAGCGCACGCGAGACAGAGUGGACGGAGACGUGGAAAUGGGCGACUCUGGCAUCCUAAGAGACGGAGAGGUCGUUAGUGCCUACAAGAAGAGAAAGUCCCCGAGCCCAGGUCUCGCCGAGGCCGCAGCGUUGAGCGUUUUCGGCAGCGGGAGUGUCAAUGUGAGACUUUUGCUGAAAGAACUCCCGCUGUUCUCGAGCCUCCCGGCUGACAUCCUCCACUUCAUCGGACUGAAUGCCCACCCUUGCUCCUUCCCUCCCUUUACCGAUAUCGUCCAACAAGGCACUACGGGGCGCGACGUGUAUUUCAUCGUUCGGGGUGAGGUCGAGAUCCUAAACACUAAACCACCAGAAGAGAACGGUCACGCGACCAUGCAUAUGCGGAGGAAGUCCAUUGCGGGGGGAGAACACAGCUUCUCAGAGUUGAAGGCGCGCUUGAGGGCUGGACAGUAUUUCGGCGAAGUGACCAGUCUGUCCCUAGCUCCUCGCCGAACAGCAACCGUUCGAUCCAUCUCCUCGGUUGAAUGUCUCAUGAUCAGCGGAGACGUCCUAAAUGACUUGUGGGAGAAGUGCUCUCCAGACCUCCGCCGGCAAGUUGAGAAGGUCGCAAAAGAGCGCCUACAAGCCAAUCGAGAUACCGAUACACACAUGGCUGAAGCAAUAGACAACACUCCGAAGAUUGACGAGCUAGCAAUUGUUGAUAUUAUCCUACCCCGGACACCAAGGAAAAAGAGUGUGCCCACUGUCACCUUCAGCGAAACUCCUAGCACAAUAGAUACGCCGUUAACUCCCUCUCGAAGGGAAGAGAGAUCGGUGAUAGAGCCGUACGACCCAGAUCCUUUCCUAAACCCAGACCUCGACAACAUGAGAUCGAGAUCGCGAAGAGGAUCUCUAGCCCCUCCAACCCCUGAGCCACCCCAAAGCACUUCAAAUGGCUCGCAGCCAAAGUCUCCUUCACCCAAUGGAACUCCUCUGUCUCCCUCCCCCUUACCGAAGCAUUCGUCAACCCCGCCACAGCUAACAGCCGCGUACAAACGGCCGAGGAUCAUCCGGCGACCAAGCCGAUUUGGUCAAGGAAUAUUCCCAGAUCCGAUCCUAAUUGAAAUCUUCAAGGGCCUUGACGUUGGCGAGCUGAUGAUAAUGCGAAGAGUGUCGAUGCACUGGCUUAAAAUCAUUACGACCUCGCACGAUAUUCUAGACAGUCUCGACCUUACUAGAUACAAUCGCAGAGUAACCGACCGCACCUUAUCUGAUAUAAUAUGCCCCUUCGUAGGCGCCCGCCCAAGAGUCGUAGACAUCAGCAACUGCUUCCAUGUGACCGACGAAGGCUUCGCCGCGCUUGCAACAACAUGUGGUCCUAAUGUCAAAAUCUGGCGCAUGAAAAGCGUGUGGGAUAUCACUGGUCCUGCUGUCCUCGAAAUGGUCAACAAGGCUAAAGGACUCGAAGAGGUCGAUCUCAGCAACUGCAGAAAAGUAGGAGACAACCUCCUUGCUAGAGUGAUCGGCUGGGUCGUCCCUGAACUCCCACCCCAAAUGGCCGCCAUGAACGCGCACGCCCAAAUGAACGGUCGUCAUCGCGCCUACAGCCAGCAACAGAAACCUGGGCAACCCAACCAACCCGUCCCGCAACCACUUCCCCCAGGCACCAUCGUCGGUUGCCCGAAACUGCGUCGCUUAACCCUCUCCUAUUGCAAACAUAUCACGGAUCGGUCGAUGGCCCAUAUUGCGGUGCAUGCGGCGAAUCGCAUCGAGCAGAUUGAUUUAACGAGAUGUACGACGAUUACGGAUCUUGGGUUUCAACAUUGGAGUGUUUAUCCAUUUCCGAGGUUGACGAAAUUGGUGUUGGCGGAUUGUACGUAUUUGACGGAUCAUGCCAUUGUGUCUCUUACGAAUGCCGCGAAAGGUUUGAGGGAAUUGGAUUUGAGUUUCUGCUGCGCCCUCUCCGACACAGCAACCGAAGUCCUAGCCCUUGGCCUCACCUCCCUCACCCACCUCAACCUCGCCUUUUGCGGCUCCGCCGUCUCCGACUCGUCCCUCCGUUCCAUUUCCCUCCACUUGCUCGAGCUCAAACAACUCUCCGUCCGUGGGUGCGUUCGCGUAACCGGGAAUGGUGUGGAGGCUGUCGUGGAAGGGUGCAGAGAUUUAGAGUUCUUUGAUGUUUCUCAGUGCAAGAAUCUGGGGAGGUGGCUGGAUGCGGGUGGUGUGGAUGCGGUGCGAUCGAGGGGAAGAAGAGUUAAGUUUGAAGUUGUGGCAGACGGGAGGUGGAGAACGGGGAAAUGAGGAAGCUAGGUGCAAGUGACCAGUUAGUGCGUGGUUGAAGUUUUUUAGAGUUCGAUAUGUGACGCGUGCUUGAAUCACGAAACGGUAUAGAGCAUACUACAGUUGGAUCUGACAAAGGGUUUGGGCUGCGGACGUUGCGAAUCGGCGUUGAGCUGUAAACCGUGCAUGUGGCACAGAAGAUUCGA